AAGUCCAUUUCCCCUGCCCCUAACCUCAUCCCCCGAACGACAAAUCAAACCCCCGCAAAACAGACAGCCUCCAUCCAGCAGAGGAAGAUACACGGGCACUGCUGGCGCAGGCACACAUCUCCGGCCCGACUACGCUCAAAGUUUGCUGUGCUCCAACCUGCGGUGACAACAAACAUUUUCAACAUGGACAAUACUGCCUCAACUGCAGCAAUAGCCGAGCUUGAAGCCACCCCUCCAAGGAGCAAAGAUGCAGCAACCAGCACCGAGCCCAAGGACGAUGUCAAAGUCAUGGUGGCAGGUAGCACCGAGCAUGAGGGCCUCAAGCUCCUUUCAGGAACAGAAAAGUCUGGGGCAAACACGCAAAUCCCGGAGGUACAUAUUAUAACACCGGGUCACAGGUUACAACUGCGACUAACAGGAUGACCUUCGAUGCAGGAAGUCAGGAAAGCCAAAAUGAAGAAUCCAGCAGUUCUAGUCAACGUAAGUAGUUCCCCUGUACCAAUGCUAUCGAUCAAGCUGACAAACAAACGACAGCUCCCGUCAUCGCCCUCGGCUCAGGUAUGUCUUCGUCCACCAGAUUGAUGAAUCUCUCACACCUUGGUCCGACUGAUAAUUCAUCACCGGUUUAGGCCUACGAGGUCACCCAGCGAGCCAAACCAGACGAUGGAUAUUUCGAGCCCGCCUUCAACGAGGCAGAGGAGACAGCCGCAGCAGAGGCAGCGCUCAAGAAAAGUCCAUGAUCCCAAGACAGCAUGUUUGAAAAAUUCAUAAAGUUAUUCACGGCGGCGAUGGAGUUAUAUUCUCUUAUACCAAGUGAGCUCAGCCACGGUUACUUAGUCAUGUCCUCCUGUGUCUGUUCCCUGCCUUUGAAACUCUUGAGGAUUUCCGGAAAUAUGAUCCGGGCGAAUAGGUUGAGGUGCGGAGCUCUGGCUUUGAUAUUGUAUUUGGUGCGAUUUUUUUUACCUUUUGGGUGAGUAGCGGUUUUGAAUUUAAACGGCAUUGAAUGCUUCCCCGGCGUGGCUGUUUGUUCCGAUUAUUGCGGGGUUGGUCUACAGUGUAAACGUGAGUUAUGGCCGGGGUCAGGUUCCCCGGCGGAGGGUCUGAGAUUACUGUUAAGUUUAACGGCGAAUUUAGCCAGCGCUGCACAUAGAAGUAGAGAAGCUCGAAGCUCGUGAAAAGCGAUAGCAACCCCACAAAAAGCAACCACCGCAAAACGAGUUACCGACCCCUGCCAGGAGGAAACAGCGGGGCAAUCGCGAUAAUGCUCGAGCGAAUUACCAUUCACCACAAAUCACUUGGACCCUGUUUCCUCUCCACUUUUUUCCCAGCUGUGACAUCACAUAAACAAUGAAUCCCUAGCCCAUCUGAACAAAUGAUAUUUGAGCAGCUCCCGGAGAGCUCAGAGCUCGCCUGGACCUUAACUGGAUAAGUUGAAAACCCUCCCAACGCCCCGCUAGGGUAAUUUUUCCUGAGCUUUAGUAAAACCCUGCCCCGCACGGGUUAGGGUUCCCGGCAGUUGCCAAGACCCCUUCUCAAGCGGUUCCAAGAGUUUACC